AUGGAUAAGACGGAGCUUCCUACGAACGUGGGAGAAGACAGCAUAAGCGAAGAAACAAAGACUUUGAUAUUUUCGCUUCCUUCAUACAAAGAUUCUAUAGGGAAGCUCUACAACUACCAAGGAUGUUGGUACUACCCCAACACCCUCGAAGGAGUCCUCAAUUUCCAGAGAGGUUUCAAGCCUCAAGGCACGGAUAUAAUCCUAGCUUCUUUCCCCAAAUCAGGCACCACUUGGCUCAAAGCUCUCACAGUAGCUCUCCUUGAGAGAUCCAAGAACCGUCCUUCUGAUGAUCCUCAUCCUUUAAAAACCGAUAAUCCUCAUGGCUUAGUACCAUUCCUAGAGAUCAUGCUGUAUAGCAAAAGCUCAACACCUGACCUGACCAGGUUCUCAUCUCCGAGGAUGUUCUCGACUCACAUGCCGUUUCAUACGCUUCAAGCACCCUUCAAGGAGGACACUCCUUGCAAGAUCGUGUAUGUGUGCAGGGACGUGAAGGACGUUUUGGUCUCACAUUGGUAUUUCAAGUGCAUUUACCUUAAUAAAGAAAUAGACAAAAGCGUCCUCGAACCUAUGUUUGAGUCUUUAUGUAGGGAAGUUGGCUAUUUUGGACCCAUUUGGGAACAUGUAUUAAGCUAUUGGAGAGGAAGCUUGGAAGAUCCCAAGCAUGUGCUUUUCUUGAGGUACGAGGAGUUGAAAGCGGAGCCUGUUGUGCAGGUUAAGAGACUUGCUGAGUUCUUGGGUUGUCCUUUCACUGAGGAAGAAGAAGUGAGUGGAUCCGUAGACAAGAUCUUGGAGCUUUGCUCUCUGCGUAAUCUGAGCGGUUUGGAGGUUAACAAGACAGGAAAAACGUCGAACAAUCUGCAACACCAUAGCUUUUUCCGCAAAGGGGAAGUUGGUGACUCCAAGAAUCAUCUGACUGCUGAGAUGGAAAACAAAAUCGACAUGAUCACCGAGGAGAAAUUUAAAGGCACCGGUUUGAAAUUCUGA